UCCAAUCGUUUGAGGAAAUGCUUGGUAUUAUGACUGACGUUAAAACCUGCGCUGUCGAUCUGGUGUGUUUGAAAUCGUGAUUUGAUGAGAUCGGUAAACAAGUGGGAAAAGUACACAAAAGGUGUCACAGGCAUCUGUCAAAGUGUAUGAUAUUAUGAUAUACCAUGUGCUUUUGUUGAUGUUCUUUGAUGAUUGCAGUGUGCUGUGAAAUAUUACAAUAAAUAUUGAGUUGUGUGAUUAUUUCGGAAUCUAAUACAUCGAUUGUUUUGUGACUAAAUAAUUCUUUCUCUGCUGUUUCGUCUCUUACGGAUAUUUCAGUGCUCUACGUGAAAUGCGUUUGCUGGAGUUUUGAAGAGAACAGGAUUCUGAGGAAAGAAUUUAAGUGUGCUAAUUCAUCAUUGUUUCCUGUAAAUUAAAUAACGAAAUCAGACUCACAAACAUAAUUCUGAAUUCGAUGGAUUUGGAUUCUUGACCUAAAUAGAACCAAACUCUUAAAAUACCUAGCCAGAGAGUAAUCGGAGAAUGGAAAAGAGGAAUCUGGUGAAAAGAGAUUCGAAGCAAUGUCCCGGAUAUGUGCCCCACUUCUGGAGGAAAGUGUGUCGCAACUGCAAGUGCCCUCGCGAAGAACACGAGGGGGCAUCUGGAGUUACAAACAUGGUGGAAAGCGAAAAGAUUGUCCACAAAAUGGCCGCCCAUUUCGGGAAUGGUCCAGUGUCACCCACUGAUCGCCAUUCCCAUUCAGAUGAUGAUUCUGGAUGUGCUUUAGAGGAGUAUACGUGGGUACCACCGGGAUUAAAACCAGAGCAGGUGCAUUUAUACUUCAGUGGCAUACCUGAGGCCAAAGUGCCGUACGUGAACAGUGUGGGAGAGAAGUACCGUAUUAAGCAACUUCUGCACCAGUUACCGCCACACGACAAUGAAGUUCGUUACUGUAACUCACUGCAUGAAGAUGAAAAGAAAGAACUGAGACUUUUUUCUCAACAGCGAAAGAAAGAAGCUUUGGGAAGAGGCACACUCAAACAGCUUGCUGACCCUCAACCGUGUCGGAAUUGCGAUGAAUCCAUAUCCCGCGGAGAUAUGGCCGUGUUCGCGUCCCGAGCUGGCCCCAAUUCCUCCUGGCAUCCCGGCUGUUUCACGUGCAGUGUCUGCAAAGAGCUUCUCGUGGACUUGAUAUACUUCUUCAAGGAUGGCAAGCUGUACUGUGGAAGACAUCACGCGGAGAGUCUCAAACCCCGUUGUGCUGCUUGCGAUGAGAUAAUAUUUGCCGAUGAAUGCACAGAAGCUGAAGGUCGAGCGUGGCAUAUGCGGCAUUUUUGUUGCUUUGAGUGUGAUCGCCAACUUGGCGGUGAGCGAUACGUCAUGAGAGACGGACGACCCUUUUGCCUGCACUGUUUCGAUGCAACUUUUGCUGAAUAUUGUGAUUCUUGCGGAGAUCCUAUUGGGGUGGACCAGGGACAAAUGUCACACGAAGGCCAACACUGGCAUGCCACGGAAAAUUGUUUCCGAUGCCACUCAUGCCAUACGCCAUUGCUUGGAAGACCUUUCUUGCCACGAAAAGGCCUUAUUUAUUGCUCCGUCCAUUGCAGCAAAGUGGGUGAACAAAGUAACAGUAGAAGAGGUAAAUCAUUCCAAACAAAUCCACCAAGUGAGAAUCGAACAUCCAGCCCUUUGGUACCUAGAAGUCCAUUGGUUCCAUAUCGCAAUGCUACCAGUACGCCGAACAACAAUCUCAAUUUACAACAACAAACAGAGAAUAAAAAUACAAGUUCCUUUAUCAAAGAUGUCUCUCCAAUUGUGGAAGAUAAUGCUGUUGUGGAAAAUGGAAGAUCUCCGUUAAAUGGUCGUUCUCGAGAGCCUCUCAACAUGUCGGACCUUACAAUAGAUGCUCUAAUGUCCAAAUCUCCUCAAGUGUUUGUCCAGGUUGUUGAGGAAAUCGAAGAACAAAGACAAGACCACAGCCGUUAUCAUCACCGGCGAACUACAGCCCACUUUUCGAUGCCCGAUCUAACAAGAGACACUGGAUCAGCCACCCCUCCAGGAAGUCCUGCCAGAGAGAUACAAGACCAAAACAGUACCGGAACUGGCAAUAGCAGUGGUACUGUCUCUUCCAAGAAACUUAUAGUGCGUUUUAGUCCAUCCACAGCGAAACUCCCUCCAUCCAGUGAUGAUGAUGAACAAAAAACGAUGUCCCAGAAAGUGGAACGCUCUUCCUCAUCUUCUUGUGCAGGAAGUGAAAACACUUACACAAAAACUCAAGUCACUCCAUCCCCAAAUAAACGGAACUCCGGAGUAUUCCGGAGCAGGAGUUAUGGGGACCGUUCUGAACUUGAAUCCAGUUACCAAAAACCAGACGAUGUUAGACCAUGCCAUUCUCGAUACAACAGGGCAGACGAUGAUCGUUGUAGUACAUGCUCAAGUUCAAGCUCUGAUGAUGAUGAUCCCUAUGAGUUGCCACCGCGAAGAGCGUAUGGUGGCGUUCGUAUAUCUUACGUUAGCAAUGACGCACUUGCUGUAGCCCGACAGCGUUCUGGAACGCUGCAAUCGUCUGGAGCAAAAAGUCUUCGAAGGAGGCGGAAACACGACGACAAAAAUUGUAUAGUUUCUUGAUUGCGUUUUCAUUUCAUUGUGCGAGUACAAAUGUUUGAAUCACGAGCUUCCAUAUUCAUUUUCUUACAUCUUGUAUAAAUUGUAUUUGCAUAUGAUUUUGUAAAAGAAAUUUUGAUAAAAAUCAUUCUUUACAGAUUUUAAAAUAAAAUAAUUGUAUUUCAA